AGAAUUAAAAUAUCAUAUAAUCAAAAAGGGUUAUAAAAAUAAAAAAGAGUAUAUAAAUAUAUCUGAUAGGAUUUAUACAAAAAGAUUUGAUUUAAUUCUCUGUCAAGAGCGAGUGGAAAUGUGGCAUUAGGAGUAUUUUUUAGUUCACAAUAAAUAUUUCUCAUCGACCCCAUCACAGUUUGCAGUAUUUUUUUAGAAUAGUAACUAACAGAUUUUAUCCCUGUAACAAAUAGUAAUUUUUACUUGAUUUUGAUAUAAAACAUGCAGAUAACUAUAAAGAUUUUAAAAGGUCAAGACAUUACAUUAAAUGUUGAGCCGCAUACUUUAAUAUCGGAAAUGAAAAAGGAAAUUGAAAGUAAAUUGCAAAUACCAUUGCCAGAGCAAAAAUUGCUUCUGCUUGGGCGUACAUUGAAAGAUGAGAAUACUGUUUCCGCAUAUCCAAAUUUACAUGAAGGGUGUAAAUUAAAUUUGGUAGUGAUGCGUCCUCGAAUAGAAGGACUACGAGAGAUCCUGCAGAAAUCAUUUCGAAAAUACUAUAAUGAACCACAAGCUGACAACUUGGUUACUGCUUUUAUGACCGAUUUUGAAACGAAUUUAAAACAAAUGAGCGUGGACGAUAUUGAACGUUUAUCUGAGAGUUUAUUAGGUGUAUAAAUUAGAAAAAUCCAAUAAUAUAAUUGAAGUUUCUAAGUAAAAAUUAA